UAUGCCCCAGGAGGUAGACUUUGCCUAUUACGUCUAGACGAUGAUCACUCUAAGGGCAUUUUUCAGGCUCAAAAUCAAGAGAGGGAAUUGGGGCUUGUCAGAAACCACAAAGUUUCCAUCUCAAAUGAAAGGCCGUACUGAAUAUCGCAUAGAAAGCGGAAAAACCUAGAGAAGAUUGAUCGAACAAAUACUGAUGAGGGAGGAUGGAGCUUGGCAAUCCGUCAGACCAAAAAACUGCGAUCGUCGCUGGCAAGUUAGCUAUUACAACCGAAGAUAUUGGAAGCAAACAGGGUCUCGAAGUGAGCAAAACCGAAAUGUACGGGAUUUUUUCUCUAUCCAACUUCAUGCAAAUUCGAAGCGAAACGGAAACAAACACACGUAACCCUAACUAUAUUCGUUUUCCUCUAUUACAGGCGAUAUUUUUCGUCGCUCAGCCGUUGCAACGGUUCUUAGGCCUUAAAGCAUAGCAUGAUAAGCUAUCGUUUGCUUGCUGCUGUUUCUUGCAUACUAAAUUGAGAAAAUUAUUCUUCAGCGCUGAAUGUGGCACUCGUAAUGGAAGCCGAAUGCUUAUUCCGCGCGCGAAGCAGGUAACACUUCUGUCACGCAACACAUUGUAAGGUGUGCUUGUUACGUGUCAACAAAGUCGCGAACCUCUUGCGAAACGUGCUUAAACGCAUUAUCGUAAAGUCACAGUCGCUGAAAGGAAGACUUAACAUGGAUCCAAGCAGCUUUGAAAACAUUAGACGGGCCGUCAAGGAACAGCACUUCAAGGAUCGUAGGUUAGAGGCACUAAAAUCGAGCUUGUCGUGUGCUUAUGGAUAUCUAUCAGGCGAGCAAGUCGCUCUUCUCAUUACGGAAUUUACGUUCGCCGAUGCGAAGAUGGAUGCUCUUAGAGUUUGUGCUCCUCGCUUGUACAGCAUCACUUGUUCGCAAGCUGCAUCUGUACUCCGUGCUUUCGACUUCAAAGACCACAGAAUGAAAGCCUUGGAAGCGAUGUCGCCCCACAUCACCGACAACGACUUAUCAGCAUUGGACAGCGCUUUGAAAUUUGCCGACGAAAAGAGUAGAGCAAGGGAGAUUCUUAUGAAUCGUCCGCAACCAGGAUUUCCGCCUCAACAAGGGCCAUACCCGGGGGCGGGGUCUCCUGCUCCGGGUUUCCCUGGGAUGCCAGCACCCCAACCUGAAGCCUACCCACCAUUUGGAGGAAUGGGACUUCCAGUGGCAAAUCCUUAUGCAUAUCCUGAACCUGGAGCGGUUCCCCCACCGUAUCCAACUGGCACGGCCCCACCUCCUCCCCCUGGUGGCCUUGGAGCUGUGGUGGGUGGAGUUCUAGGUGGCCUGUUUGGACCUCAUCAUCCACCCCAUGGAAAUCAUCCAUACCCACCUCCACGUUGAACCGUCAGAACAUGUGUUUAGUUUACUGUUCUUUUUUAAGACUGUUAAAUCAACUUAAUUCUCACUUCAAACUAUUCCAGAUAAUUUCAAAUCACUUCAAGUCGAGCUAGCUAGCAUAAGUAAUGUUUGCUGUACUACUUUUCGAGCCAUUUACAGAGGAACACCAAUAGCAAGAUUAACAGAGGAAACCAAAUCUUAAAUGUUUUUCUCAAUUUUAAACUAUUUUCAAAUGCAGCGAAUGACAUACACAAGUGCCUUCGGGAUGGUCAACGAAAUAGCGGUUCGAACCUCCACCAUUAUGUUUCGAUCCUAAAAUUGUUUGAUAUUUUACAUGACUUGUUUCAUCUUAGGAUUUCUUUCGAAAGAAUAAUCAAGUCUUAGGGAGAACACAUUUUUUUCUGGCAGUAGUCUAACUUGGCAUUGGUGCUCCAUUGUACUAGAACGAAAAUCAAAGCACAGCAUAGAAUUUUUUUUUCUUAGAAUAAGUAAGCAUAUGAAAUGAAACGAGAUCGUUUCACAUAACAGCAAACGUUAUUGUCAUGCGACGAUUGGAAAAAUUCACCGAGAAAGCCUAUAAUAGCCACAAGGCAACUGACAGAGACGCUUUUGCGCAGAGAUUGGUACCAAGUUCCUGCUGAGUCUGCGAAAUCGUUAAUUUUUAAGACACACCUGUUUCUUUUCAGAGGAACCUGUCCAUGAAAGAAAGUCAAUGACGUAUACGUAACUAAUUGAACUGUUUCUUUCCCUUUUUUUUUUUUACUCGUUUAAAGAAACACUUUUAAACGUCUUCGUUAGCUCUAUCCUCGUGCACAGGCAUAUCUCCGAAUGUCGCUCAUGUGAUUAGUACAGCCGCUCAAGUAGCCUUUAAUUGUUCGAAUUUUCAUUCACCAUAAAGAAGUCUAGCUUUCUGAAUAAGAGAAUAAAACUGAUAUUGUAGUAAACGAUUGGUUUUUAUU